AUUGUGAAAAUGUCUGGCCCUGGGUAGGAGGCUGCAGAUAGUCCCUGGGCCGGGGCUCGCGCUGGCCGGCUGCAGCGCGCAGGGUGCCAAGCCCUCCCCUACGAAGUCUGUUUUGUCUCAGGCUGGGCUGAGUCACAUAGACUAGAUAGAUAGUUGAUUUAGCACAUGUCCUCCAGAUCAUAUUAUCCGCCUACAAAUAUAGCCUGUUAGCGCACAGGCACGGGAGGCUUCUUCCGGCUCGGCCGUGCUGCUCAGCGGGUGUAAACAGCCUCUGCGGUGUAAACAGCCUCUGCGGUGUAAACAGCCUCUGCGGUGUAAACAGCCGCGGCGGGCAGGCCAGGACUGUCAGUGCCCGCCCCUCGGGGCAGGUAAUUUCAUGCUCCCAAAAUGGGACAUAAAGUGGUUGUCUUCGACAUUUCUGUCAUCAGAGCCUUGUGGGAAACUCGUGUCAAGAAGCACAAAGCUUGGCAGAAGAAGGAGGCGGAAAGGCUUGAGAAGAGCGCCUUGGAGAAGAUAAAGGAGGAGUGGAACUUUGUGGCCGAAUGCAGGAGGAAGGGCAUCCCCCAGGCUGUAUACUGCAAGAAUGGCUUCAUAGACACCAGCGUGCGGCUUCUGGACAAGAUUGAAAGGAACACUCUCACAAGGCAGAGUUCACUUCCCAAGGACAGAGGCAAACGGAGCAGUGCGUUUGUGUUUGAACUUUCUGGGGAGCACUGGACGGAGCUCCCAGAUUCAUUGAAGGAGCAGACACACCUGAGAGAAUGGCACAUAAGCAAUACCUUGAUUCAAAUCAUUCCUACAUAUAUUCAGUUAUUUCAAGCGAUGAGAAUUCUGGAUCUGCCAAAAAACCAAAUCUCACAUCUUCCAGCAGAAAUCGGUUGUUUGAAGAACCUGAAAGAACUCAAUGUGAGUUUCAACUAUCUGAAGAGCAUUCCUCCAGAAUUGGGAGAUUGUGAAAAUCUAGAGAGACUGGAUUGUUCUGGAAAUCUAGAAUUAAUGGAGCUGCCCUUUGAAUUAAGUAAUUUGAAGCAAGUUACAUUUGUAGAUAUCUCAGCAAACAAGUUUUCCAGUGUCCCAAUCUGUGUCCUGCGGAUGUCGAAUUUGCAGUGGUUGGAUAUCAGCAGCAAUAACCUGACCGACCUGCCGCAAGAUAUAGACAGGCUAGAGGAGCUGCAGAGCUUUCUCUUGUAUAAAAACAAGUUGACCUACCUUCCCUAUUCCAUGCUGAACCUGAAGAAGCUCACUCUGUUAGUCGUCAGUGGGGACCAUUUGGUGGAGCUCCCAACUGCCCUUUGUGACUCGUCCACACCUUUAAAAUUUGUAAGCCUUAUGGACAAUCCUAUUGAUAAUGCCCAAUGUGAAGAUGGCAAUGAAAUAAUGGAAAGUGAACGGGAUCGCCAACAUUUUGAUAAAGAAGUUAUGAAAGCCUAUAUUGAAGACCUUAAAGAAAGAGAAUCUGUUCCCAGCUAUACCACCAAAGUGUCUUUUAGCCUUCAACUUUGAUAUCCAUCAGAAGACUGCAAAUCUCACUAUUCUCUGGAGCUAUAUAUAAAUCUUUGUUAUGAUCAUGUCAUAUAGGAAGAAUGGCUUGUGCUUAAGGACAAAGUCUAGAAACCACUAUCGUAGUUGCUAAAAAAAAUGGUUUUCAAAUGUCAAAUACAUGAGUAUCUCCCUCCAUGGACUGGAGAAUUGAAAAAUUGGUUUGUAUAUUGAUAUUUCCAGGUUCAUUUGCAUGCACUUUUUUCCAAAUAAUGCACAUUUAUUAUGUUUUAAAAUGUCUUAUUUUUAAGAAUUAUAACUAAAAGACCAAAUACUGAAGUUAAGUGCAUUGUUUUCAGGAAUCAAAAGAUAAAGGGGCCGGGUGUGGUGGCUCACACCUGUAAUCCCAGCACUUUGGGAGGCUGAAGUGGGUGGAUCACGUGAGGUCAGGAGUUCGAGGCUGGUUUGGCCAGCAUGGCGAAACCCCAUCUCUACUAAAAAUACAAAAAAUUAGCUGGGCAUGGUGGCAGUUGCCUGUAAUCCUAGCUACUCAGGAGGCUGAGGCAGGAGAAUCGCUUGAACCUGGGAGGCGGAGUUGCAGUGAGCCGAGAUCAUGCCACUGCACUCCAGCCUGGGUGACAGAGCCAGACUCUGUCUCAAAAAAAAAAAAAAAAAAAAAAAAAAAAAAAAAAAGAAAAAGAUAAAGGGAUUGUGAAAAGAGCAUUUAUACUGGACUAAUCAGAUGAGAGUAUUUUGUUAUUUUGAAAGAGUUUAUUUCUUUUACUGAGAAUAAUCUUCCUUGAGUUUAUAUAAACUGCUAUUUCCAUAUGUUUUAAGUUAUAUUUUGGCAAGUGUAGACUCCCAGGAGAGACUUGUAGGUACAAUCUAGGCCUUGAAGAAAGAAAGGCUGGAAUAUCUGCCCAUGCUUUGGGCAUGAGAUGCUCAGAUGGUGCGUGGGUAGAUCUAGUUGAGGAAGUGUGGGCCUGGCUGUUCAUGGGAGGUCUUCAGUGGCCUUCAUGGAUGGCCAUCCUGUCCUGAGUGGUCACCCUGGGGGUCCUGGGACACACCUCAGUAAAGAGCAAAGGCAACGCCCUCAGGGUCCCUUCCUCCAAGAUGGCCAUGUAGGGUAAUGGAGAUGACCAGUCCACACUGAUAAGGAGUUCCUAGCAAGGCUUCCUUGUGGGUACCACAGGACAACUCUGCCCAUAGCAAAGAUUCUUCAGUCCAGAGGGAGCCCAUGGGCUGUUUGAAUUUGGGAGAGGUGGGAUUCAUUACAAGACUUUGGGCUCUUAUGUCACAUCACAUGAUUUGGAGAAAUUAGACACAAUCUCUUAUUUUUAUACCACUGUCUUGGGCUAAAAUAAACAGGUUGUGGCUGAUGGUGUUGAAGAUAAAUAAGCUUAAACAAAUAACUUUGGCCGGGCACGGUGGCUCACACCUAUAAUCCCAGCACUAUGGGAGGCCGAGGCAAGCAGGUUGUUUAAGCCCAGGAGUUUGAGAACAGGAUUUUGAGAACAGCUUGGGCAUCAUGGUGAAACCGCAUCUCCACAAAAAAAUUCAAAAAAUUAGCCAGGUGUGGUGGCACGUGCCUGUGGUCCCAGCUACUCAGGAGGCUGAGGUGGGAAAAUCACUUGAGCCUGGGAGGUCGAGGCUGCAGUGUGCUGUGAUUGUGACACUACCCUCCAGCCUGGGUGACAGAGUGAGACCCUGUCUCAAAAGCAAAACAAACAGCAAUAACAAUAUUAUUAUUGUUAUAACUAAAAAAAAAAAAAAAACAACAAGCAGCUUUUGUGACUAAGAAGGAAAAUAUGCAUAUAGUGGCAUAUUUUUAUAUGAAUCAUCUCCUCUGUGGUCUUGCCCAGUACCAUCCAGUGGAGCUUUCUGCAGUGACGGAAAUGUUCUGUAUUUGCGUUGUCCAACAUGGUAAACCAGACACAUGUGAUUCUUGAGCACUUGAACAAUGACUGAUGUGAUUGAAGAACCCAUCUUUCAAUUCAAUUAAAUUUAAAUAGCCACAUUUAACUCCAGCCUUGGGUUUGACCUGAUGGAAAAUUCCCAUGAGAGAGUGCUCCAAACCGUUCCAAGGUGGGGCCAGUUGCGAUUCUAAAGGAAGAAGCACUAAAUGGCAGGGUGAUCAGUCCAGAGCAUUUAUGAGGGGAGCUUACAUACAGCGUGGGCUGCAGCGUCCUUGUGAUGGGCAGUGAGACAAGGGAUGUUCUACCUGGGCAUGUCCCCAGCGAGGGGGUCGGGGAUGGAGUUCACAUGAAGAUGUAAGGAAUUUGGGUGGGGGCUGGGCUGGCUUCUACAUGUUUAGCAACACGGCUGAUCUUUCAGUGUUUCCAGCAGCAACCUAAACACCGUUAUCAGUGCCUAGGAAUGUUCAAGGCCGAGGCUGGGGUUCAGACCUGCAGAGGAAAACGUCAGCUGGCUGGGUCAAGGCACCGUGUGUUUCUUGGUCAGGACAGAGACAAAAAUGAGGAAAACUAGGGGACCCCACACGCAUGUGGCUACCAUACUCCCGAACAGGUCUAGCUAGUUAUUUGUUUUUUUGGAAGUUAAUCUGGGGUAGAAAUGUAUGGUGAUUUUUAUUUUCUCUGUCUGAAGAACCAGCCAUUUUUAAAAAGGUUAUUAUUGACAUCCCAAUAUUUUGUCUUGAUGGGCUUACUCAUAAGUCCAAACAUUUUAUUCUCAACAGGUGUAAAACAGGCAGAGCAUUCUAAAACCACAUGGUAGUGCUUUGGUGGAGGACUGCUUCCACUUAGAAACAAACUCUGAGAAGUAGGCUAAGAGAAGACAAGAGGGCCGGGCGCGGUGACUCACGCCUGUAAUCCCAGCACUUUGGGAGGCCGAGAUGGGCGAAUCAUGAGGUCAGGAGUUCGAGACCAGCCUAAACAACAUGGUGAAACCCUGUCUCUAUUAAAAAUGCAAAAAAUUAGCCAGGCGUGGUGGUGGGCGCCCGUAAUCCCAGCUACUCGGGAGGCUGAGGCAGGAGAAUUGCUUGAACCCAGGAAACAGAGGUUGCAGUAAGCCGAGAUCCCACCAUUGCACUCCAGCCUGGGCAACAGAGUGAGACUCCAUCUCAAAAAAAAAAAAAAAAAAAAAAAAAAAAAAAAAAAAAAGAGAGAGAGAUGAAAAGAGUAGGAAAAUGAGAAAUCACCUUUGUUGAAUCUUAAAUAGUUACAUUUUUUUCUUUUUAACACUAAAAAUACAAUUCAAAUUUAUUAGCUGUACUACUUGAAUGAUUUUGGAAUUUUAUGUCAUGCUAAGGUAUGUGUUACAUAUGGCCAAGUGGAAAAUAUAUCUGAAGAGGGGCUUUCAUACAAAUAGACUGUUCAUAAUUUAUGUAAAUUUUAUUUUAAUAAAACCAGUUUUUUGUUUAAAAACCUUGUUUCACUGUCACAUAUGAAAAAAUACUGCAUUGAUAUAUAAUUAUUUCAUGUUAUAUAAUAACCCAAAACAAAUAUAUUACUUGAAUAUGUUUGUAGAGAUACUAUUUAAUUUAUUCAUAUAAACGUGCAGAAAGAUUCCAAAGGAGAAUAUAUAUCUUGUGAAAAUAUGACAUGAUGCAAAUAGACUGAUACAUAAUUUGGAAAGGUUAUUUACAUGGCAGAAUACAUGUAUGAAUAUUAAAGUAAUAUGAAUGAAAGAAUAAAAUAUUCUUAGAAGAAAAA